AUAAAUUCAAGCUUGAGUUCACUAGUCGAAAAGCACAAGCUGUAUAGGUUUUCCUCUUGAACCUUCUCGCUGAAAAAUGGAGGAAAACCGAUGUGCGAAGUUGCCGGCGGCGGCUUUCUUUCUUGUUGGUUUCAUUUGCUCUUUCGGUUUUUAUCCGGCUUUUGCCAAAACUGUUCUUGAACAUGAACAAGCUGUCCUGUCCACAUAUAUUGUCCAUGUUAGCAAACCUGACGGCAAAGUUUUUGCGCGAUCAGAGGAUCUACAAAGCUGGUACCAAUCAUUCCUGCCCCAGACGACAGCGAAUUUGGAUCAGACAAAGCGUAUGGUCCAUUCCUACAAGAAUGUGAUCACGGGAUUCGCGGCAAAGAUGACCGCCGCCGAGGCUAAGGAGCUUGUGAAGUCAGAUGCGGUUGUGUAUGCAAAGCAAGAGAAGAUUUUCUCGUUGCACACGACUCACUCACCCUCCUUCUUGGGCUUGAACCCGGGGGUGGGGUUCUGGAAAAACUCGACUUUCGGCGAGGGCGUGAUCAUCGGACUCCUGGACACAGGGAUAACGCCGGGUCACCCUUCGUUCGAUGAUGAAGGAAUGUCCCCUCCCCCCGCUAAAUGGAAAGGGAAGUGUGAUUUCAAUACAACUUCCUGCAAUAACAAGCUCAUCGGUGCGAGAAAUUUAGCGGACUCUACUUCGCCAGCGACCGAUGAGGAUGGGCACGGCACCCACACUUCCAGCACAGCAGCGGGCAAUUUUGUAAAGAAUGCCAAUGUCCUGGGACAAGCCACUGGCACUGCAGUCGGGAUCGCUCCUCGUGCCCACGUGGCAAUGUACCUGGUGUGCUCCGAUCAUGGCUGCACUGAGAGCGGCAUACUGGCCGGUAUGGACGCUGCUAUCGAGGAUGGUGUCGAUGUACUCUCCCUCUCUCUUGGUGGAGGUUCGGCUCCCUUCUAUGCCGACUCGAUCGCUGUGGGGGCAUUUUCUGCGAUUCAAAAGGGAAUCUUCGUGAGCUGCUCAGCGGGUAAUAGUGGCCCGGUCAACGCUUCCCUGUCGAAUGAGGCUCCAUGGAUUCUCACCGUAGGUGCAAGCACUAUUGAUAGGACCAUAAAAGCUACUGCUAAGCUAGGAAAUGGCGCAGAGUACGACGGCGAAUCCCUUUUCCAGCCCAAGGACUUUGGAUCGGCUUUACCACUUGUGUAUGCAGGCGCGAAUGGAAACCAAACAUCGGCAUUUUGUGCUGAAGGAUCGUUACGGAACUCGGACGUGCAAGGAAAGGUGGUCUUGUGCGACAGAGGUGGGGGAAUUGCAAGAAUCGCCAAAGGGCAAGAAGUGAAGGAUGCCGGUGGUGCUGCCAUGAUUCUGACGAACGAUGAACUGGAUGGCUACAGCACAAUAGCUGACCCUCAUGUCCUUCCCGCAACCCACAUACCUUACACUGACGGUCUGAAAAUCAAGGCCUACAUCAACUCAACAUCCAAUCCGACAGCCACCAUUUUGUUCAAAGGAACAAUUAUUGGGAAUUCCGAUGCGCCAGCAGUGACAUCCUUCUCUUCCAGGGGUCCCAACUUUCAGAGUCCUGGAAUCCUGAAACCGGACAUAAUAGGUCCAGGAGUCAGCAUCCUAGCAGCCUGGCCAUUCUCUCUCGAUAACAGCACGGCUACCAGUGCGACCUUCAACAUCAUCUCUGGAACCUCCAUGUCGUGCCCUCAUCUCAGCGGCAUUGCAGCUCUGCUGAAGAGCGCUCACCCUGAUUGGUCACCUGCCGCCAUAAAAUCCGCAAUCAUGACCACUGCAUAUCAAAUGAACCUUGGAAGUAAGCCAAUCAUCGAUGAAACCCUUCUUCCAGCUGACAUCUUUGCUGUAGGCGCUGGCCACGUGAAUCCACCCAAAGCCGUCGAUCCAGGCCUUAUUUAUGACAUCAAGGCCGACGACUACAUCCCUUAUUUAUGUGGUUUGGGAUACUCGGCUUCCAAUAUAGAAGCCAUCACACAGAAAAAGGUCAAAUGCUCACAAAUAAAAAGCAUACCUGAAGCACAGCUGAAUUACCCAUCGUUCAGCAUAAUUCUGGGUUCUAGCGGCCAGAACUAUUCUAGGACAGUUACGAAUGUCGGGCCCGCUGACUCCUCGUACACAUACAAGGUUGAUGCACCGGAAGGUGUCGAUGUCACGGUGUAUCCUUCUGAGAUCAAGUUCAGUAUGGCAGUGCAAACGGCAACGUAUACUGUGGGGUUCAGCAGAAGUUCUGGUGGGAGCGUUGCUAAGCCAUUUGCGCCAGGAUCCCUGACAUGGGUUUCUUCAGAUCACUCCGUGAGAAGCCCCAUUGCCGUUACAUUCACAUGAAAUGUUCC